GGCCGCACGCGGAGGAGCCCAAGGAGCAGCUCUGUUGCGACAGAGGCCGAGCGGCGAGGCCCAGCUCCCUGUAAGAACAGUUUCGUACCCCUGUGGUUCAUCACCAUGCCCUCUGACCUGGCCAAGAAGAAGGCAGCCAAAAAGAAGGAAGCUGCCAAAGCACGACAGCGGCCCAGAAAGGGACACGAAGAAAACGGAGAUACUGUCACAGAACCACAGAUGGCAGAAGAGAAAAAUGAGGCCAAUGGCCGAGAGACCACAGAAGUGGAUUUGCUGACAAAGGAGCUAGAGGACUUUGAGAUGAAGAAAGCUGCUGCUCGAGCUGUCACUGGUGUCCUUGCCUCUCACCCCAACAGUACCGACGCCCACAUUAUCAACCUCUCCCUCACCUUUCAUGGUCAAGAGCUGCUCAGUGACACCAAACUGGAAUUAAACUCAGGCCGUCGUUACGGCCUCAUUGGCUUAAAUGGAAUUGGAAAGUCCAUGCUGCUCUCUGCUAUUGGGAAACGGGAAGUGCCCAUCCCUGAGCACAUUGACAUCUACCAUCUGACUCGGGAGAUGCCCCCUAGUGACAAGACACCCUUGCAGUGUGUGAUGGAAGUCGACACAGAGCGGGCCAUGCUGGAGAGGGAGGCUGAGCGGCUGGCUCACGAGGAUGCCGAGUGUGAGAAGCUCAUGGAGCUCUACGAGCGACUGGAAGAGCUGGAUGCCGACAAGGCGGAGAUGAGGGCCUCACGGAUCUUGCAUGGAUUGGGUUUCACUCCUGCCAUGCAGCGCAAGAAGCUGAAAGACUUCAGUGGGGGCUGGAGAAUGAGGGUUGCCCUUGCCAGAGCCCUCUUCAUUCGGCCCUUCAUGCUGCUCCUGGACGAGCCCACCAACCACCUGGACCUCGAUGCCUGUGUGUGGUUGGAAGAAGAAUUAAAGACUUUUAAGCGCAUCCUGGUCCUCGUCUCCCAUUCCCAGGACUUUCUGAAUGGUGUCUGUACCAACAUCAUUCAUAUGCACAACAAGAAGCUGAAGUAUUACACGGGUAAUUAUGAUCAGUAUGUGAAGACACGGCUUGAGUUGGAGGAGAACCAGAUGAAGAGGUUUCACUGGGAGCAAGAUCAGAUUGCACACAUGAAGAACUACAUUGCUAGGUUUGGUCAUGGCAGUGCCAAGCUGGCCCGGCAGGCCCAGAGCAAGGAGAAGACACUACAGAAAAUGAUGGCAUCGGGACUGACGGAGAGGGUCGUGAGCGACAAGACAUUGUCAUUUUAUUUCCCACCGUGUGGCAAGAUUCCUCCACCUGUCAUUAUGGUGCAAAAUGUGAGCUUCAAGUAUACAAAAGAUGGGCCUUGCAUCUACAACAAUCUAGAAUUUGGUAUUGAUCUCGAUACGAGAGUGGCUCUGGUGGGGCCCAAUGGAGCAGGGAAGUCAACUCUUCUGAAGCUGCUAACUGGAGAGCUACUACCCACAGACGGGAUGAUCCGAAAACACUCUCAUGUCAAGAUAGGACGUUACCAUCAGCAUUUACAAGAGCAGCUGGACUUAGACCUCUCACCUUUGGAGUACAUGAUGAAGUGCUACCCAGAGAUUAAGGAGAAGGAAGAAAUGAGGAAGAUCAUUGGUCGAUAUGGUCUCACUGGGAAACAGCAGGUGAGCCCAAUUCGGAACCUGUCUGAUGGGCAGAAGUGCCGAGUGUGUCUGGCCUGGCUGGCCUGGCAGAACCCCCACAUGCUCUUCCUGGAUGAGCCCACUAAUCACCUGGAUAUUGAGACCAUCGAUGCCCUGGCCGAUGCCAUCAAUGAAUUUGAGGGUGGUAUGAUGCUGGUCAGCCAUGAUUUCAGACUCAUUCAGCAGGUUGCACAGGAAAUCUGGGUCUGUGAGAAGCAGACAAUCACCAAGUGGCCUGGAGACAUCCUGGCCUACAAGGAGCACCUCAAGUCCAAGCUGGUGGGCGAAGAGCCCCAGCUCACCAGGAGGACCCACAAUGUGUGCACCCAGACAUCGGCAUCUCUUCCAAGGCCAUGAGCAUCAUGAACUCAUUUGUGAAUGAUGUGUUUGAACGGCUGGCUGGCGAGGCUGCCCGGCUGGCCCAGUACUCAGGCCGAACCACACUGACAUCCCGGGAAGUCCAGACGGCGGUGCGUCUGCUGCUGCCCGGGGAGCUGGCCAAGCAUGCCGUGUCCGAGGGCACCAAGGCCGUCACCAAGUACACCAGCUCCAAGUGACCCAGGGCCAAACAUUAAUAAAGAGUGAACUGUU